AUGACCAGUCAUUCUUCUCUUCGACGGCAACGAAGAGACAACAAAACCCUUGAGAAUAAUGACCUGAAACCACGGACCCGUCGCCAACCGGCCAAUAGACCUGAGCCCAUCCCUUCAGGUUUCCAGAGAGUUGCACCAACUGCCCCUUGCCCAACCCUGACGGAUACUACCAGGCUGAACUCAUCGCUGGUUGGUGGCCACACAUCCAUCAUGGGCAUGGAUGGAACAAGGACAAAUACGGCACCAGCCGCAUACGCGAGAAGCCAAUGGAAUAUCGCCAAAUCCAUGUUGGUGUGUAUCGAUGGGCUGAGCCUGUGA